AUGGCGUUUAGUGGACAUCUGCGAGGCGAGUGUGCGUUGACGGUGGACGGCGCUGAGGCACUCGCCCCGCCCACUUGGCACACGCUGCGCGCUGAAUAUCGCCGAGAGCCCGCGGCCAGAGCUUCGCCAUCGCGCCAGUACCCCUCCGACCAGCAAUGCUGUGCUGUCUCCGGAAAUAGAAUCGAGCGAUCGGGUGCGCGGGUGUGUGUGCAAAUGACUAGUGGCCCAAUC